UCAUGUGCGGCCUCACUUAGGAAGAAGGCCGUGCAACAAUUCUAGAGAAAAGAUUUUCAAAAUGCCGCGAGAUCAUUUUCCUGCAAUUUGUGGAAUAUUUGUUAUACUGACAUGUGUUUCUUCAAAUUUUAUUAACUUUGAACCGGGAUUUGAGUACCAGUACAAGUAUGAUUCCAACGCAAAUUUGACAAAUGUUGGAGAUUUUCAAGUAUUAGCCAAGGUCGGCUACAUCAACGUGGGCGACAGCGAGGGAGGACAAGAGGUCUAUGUGAAGGUUUAUGCUCUGGAUCUGAAGACCAAGGAAACAAGACGUGCCGUCGGCUACCGUUUAGACUUCUCGAAAUGGUUCUCGUUUGUGAUCACGUCCCAUGGCGAGAUUCUCCACGUUUACCACCCUCCCGACGACGACGACGAAGCUGUUGCCAUGAAGAAAGGAGCCGUCGCCAUGUUCGCGUCUCGUCUACACAAAGCCACAGAGGGUCAUGUCUAUGCGACUGACGACGGAUGGGGUUAUCACGUGACAGAGACUGGAAAUGAGGGUACUCACAACGCUACCUACUCUGUGCGGCCAACUCACACAGGUCACGUGUUCACCAAGACGAGACAUCCGGGUCACCACCCCGUCAAUCAUGCGACAUCAGAUUAUACCAAGACAUUGUAUUACGACACUGCUCUAGGAACGGUGCACACCAUUCAAGUGAAGGAGAAGGUCCAGGUCCUCCAGAAGACUGCAGAAGGAUACAACCCGUAUGAAAACAGUCGUCCUGUGCAGGCAGUCAACAACUUUACGGACAUUGAAUUACCCGAGAUGUCAGCACAAGGAUCAGGAAAGAUGGAGUUCCUCACUAAACACAAGGUUGUCGGAAUUCCCAAAAGACCAAAGACAAAUAUCACCCGGGCGUCAAUUCAUAUAAAAGAGGUGAAGCGGAAGAAGCCAGCAGUCAAUGUGGAGGAGUACCUGCAGUAUGUGAACGGGAACCUCACCUGCAUGCGAAACGAGCCAGAUAAAGGUUCGAAGAAGUCCGACUUAUGCUUCAACAGACUUGUAUCCGUUCUCCGGGACCUACCUGAUGAGCAGUUGGUUGUCCUUGCUGAACAGUACCUGACAGACAAGCCGAGACUGACCAAGACGUUCAAGGACCAGAACCACAUGUUUGAUGCUAUCGCUGGUCUGACAACAGACCUGUCUCAGCAGCUUCUGCUAGACCUUGUCCUCAACAGAUCCAGACCCGACUCGUCACUGGUGAAGAGAUUCAUGUUCCACAUCGUCUCACUUGAUGGACCACCGAUAGACGUAAGUGUAAAUAUGCGUGGUGUAAUAUUGAGAAGUUCGUGUUACUAA